AUGAGUACAGAUCAAUCGUCAAAUUCAUCAACUUAAAAAGGCAAAUCGCUCUCUUCCAUAGAUACCACCAGAUCUAAAUACGCUUAGGAGUUAGGAAUUCAUUAGCUCUUACAAAAUGCUUUCCAAGACAUGGGUACCCUGUGUCCUUAUCAAGUUUAGAUGAUGAAAAUACAGAUAUGAAAACAUUGCUACCCAUUUCAAUCUUAUUGGAAGAGAUGAAAAGCGAUCAUUCAAGCACAAGAACAUACUGUUUGCAGAACCUCUCGACUAUUGCCUUGGUAUUGGGUCCUGCCAGAGCAAAAGGCUUGUUGGGCGGAUUUAUUUCAAAUUUACUUAAGGAUCAAGAAAAGGCUGGUUUAAAAAUUAACUUAAUAUUUUAGUCGAGGAUGUUCCAGAAGAAUUAUAAGUAAUGCUUACAUUACUGGAAUCCAUGCCAAAAUUAAUAAAUCUAAUUGGAGGUCCAGAAAACAGUUUAGUGUUGUUAAAACCAUUACUUGAAACCAUUGGAGAUAGAACAAAGGAAGAAACAAAAAAUAUGUACAUAAAAAUCAUGAGGGAUAUUGGAAAGAGAUUAUUGAAAUAAUAACACUUAUUUGAAGAAUGUGUUACUUAGAGAAUAAUAGAGGCGAAGGAUGGUGAUAUAGAUGAAUAAUGUGCAGCUGUUACAUUGAUUGCUAAUCUCUAUAAUCUAGUUUCUUAGUAAGUAUUACAAGAAUGGAUGGAGUACUUUAACAAUUUAAUGUUGAGUAAUGAAUAAAAUGUCAGAAAGAGAGUAGUUCUAAGUAUAAAAGAAUUUGCAUAAUGGGCAAGCAAUCCUGAAGAGCAUAAGUUUUGUAUUGAAUUAGCUGAUAACGUCUUUACAAAUGGGAAGGAUUUUAAAUCAAAUCUAUUCUAUAGUGUCCCUGCUUUAAUCAAAUUUCAAGGUUAUCAAGAGUACCUAGGUAAAUUAUUUAAGAUGGAUAAUAUUAAUGCUUAUAAUUGCUUUUUAGAAAUAUGCAUUGAGUCUUUAUAAGUAUUAUAGAAUACUGCGGAUAGCAAAAUAUUUAUUGAAAAUUUUAUUAAACUAUUUUCUAAAACAGAAUUGGAGUUGAAAUAAAAGUUAUCAGUAUAUUGUGGAAAGCUAGUUGUCUUUAUUAAAGAAUCAAAGACGAUUUACAAAGGAGUAAUUUUAAUCAUUAAUCUUAGUAUCUUGUUCAAAUUCAGUAAUACAUGACAUAGUUAGAAUAGGAAAAGAAUUUCAUGAUAAAAUAGAAUUUGGUAGAGUCAGUUAUCCUUAUAUUGAACCAAGCAACUGAUAGAAGAAUAUAUUACCAAUAAGAAGAAAUCUAGUAUUUCUUAAGAUUUCUGAUGAAUCAAUUGAUGAGUGGUGACACAGAUCUUAAAUUUAAAUUUGUGUCUAAACAGAAAUCGUUUAACAUUAUUCUGUAGUUCAUUUCGGAUAAUGCCUUCGCUUAAAAUGAAUCAAUAUCAAUAGUUAAGAACUUAUUACAAGUCAUAAUCAAUAUUGAAUAAUGUAAGAAUUGGAGAAUGAGACAAUAAUGUUUGAUGUCAUUGUAAAUGGUAUUUCGUAUAUUCAAAUACACUAGUUCCUUACCAACUUAUAAUAAUUUUAAAUUUUUAAGACUUUCCAAUCUGAUGAUCUAGAAGUUCAAUUAAUUAAAAGACUACUCUAAGAUAGAAUUUCUGCAGUUCGAGAAGAAGCAAGCAAGGUAUAUAGACAUAAAUUAUAUAGACUCUUUUGCAAUUAUUUAGAUAAUUAAAGGAAAACGAUAUGGUUGAAAAAGGGAAGAGAGUAAUAGAUUAAUUAAGUGAUUUACUAAAACAUCCAAACUAUUUGGUUAGAGUGAACUUUGUCUUGGGAUUGGGGAAUGCAUUCUUUUUGGGAGAACACACAUAUAAUGUGUUGAGAUAAUUGAAAAAUGAUGUUCCAAAUGUAAAAUUGGCUUUAUUGGAAGUCCUAUAUAAUAAUAAAAAAUGCAAGCAAUUAGAUUUAAUUCCUAUUAACGAUUCGGAUUAGGAUGUAAGAGAUGUUGCAUAAAUUAUAUAUUAAUAAUUCAAAUGA